AUGGAUAUUCACUGCAAGACGGACCCCUUCACGGCCAUGCACCGGCAUGGGGGGUGAACCAGCUCGGCGGGUGUUCGUGAACGGCAGACCCCUCCGGACGUGGUGAGGCAGCGCAUCGUGGAGCUGGCCCACCAGGGGGUCCGACCGUGCGACAUCUCCCGGCAGCUGCGCGUCAGCCACGGCUGCGUCAGCAAGAUCCUGGGCAGAUACUACGAGACGGGCAGCAUCAAACCGGGUGUGAUCGGCGGCUCCAAACCCAAAGUGGCCACACCGAAGGUGGUGGACAAAAUAGCGGACUACAAGAGGCAAAACCCCACCAUGUUCGCGUGGGAGAUCCGCGACAGGCUGCUGGCUGAAGGCAUCUGCGACAACGACACGGUGCCCAGCGUCUCGUCCAUUAACAGGAUUAUCCGAACAAAAGUGCAGCAGCCAUUCCAUCCGUCGCCCGAUGGGACAUCCCUGUCGACAACAGGCCAUACCAUAGUGCCAAACACAGUGUCUCCGCCGGUAACCAGCGCCUCCAACGACCCUGCGGGAUCCUACUCCAUUAACGGCAUUCUGGGCAUCCCGCGAUCCAACGGCGAGAAGAGGAAAAGAGACGAAGAUGGUUCAGAUGGUUCUGGCCCAAACAGUGAUUCUCAGGGUAGUGUGGAGAGUUUACGCAAGCACCUGAGGGCCGACGCCUUCACGCAGCAGCAGCUGGAAGCGCUGGACCGGGUCUUUGAACGCCCCUCCUACCCGGACGUCUUCCCCACGUCGGAGCACAUCAAACCAGAACAGGCUAAUGAGUACUCGCUGCCCGGCCUCAAUUCCAGCCUGGACGAAGUCAAGCCCAGUUUGUCGUCCAACGCCAACCCGGACCUGGGCCCCAGCGUGUCGCAAAGCUACCCAGUAGGUCGCGACAUGGCCAACACGACCUUACCAGGGUACCCCCCUCACGUUCCCCCGACAGGCCAGGGCAGCUACCCGACCUCCACACUUGCUGGAAUGGUUCCUGGCAGUGAGUUUUCGGGGAAUCCCUACAGUCAUCCGCAGUACACCACCUACAACGAAGCCUGGCGAUUCAGCAACCCGGCGUUACUAAUGCCGCGUCGAGAGGCUCCGUCCCUCCCACUGCUGCCACUGCCUAUGACCGUCACUAGUUACCAUGGAAACCAAAUCAACCUGCAGGACCGCGGCCUCGGCAGGCUCCACAUUGCCCCGGUUUGAGCACACAAUGACACCUUUUUUUUUUUUCCAAUUCCGGUCCCUUUUUGGACUCUUCCACGUAAAGAUAAACACAAUUUGCCCCCGGAAACAAGAGGAGGGAAAAGGACUGAAAUGACUGCUGUACGUACAUUCCUUAGCUUGGCAGCUCUCAGCAGGGACUUUUCCUCCCCCUUCUCUGCCUUUUCAUCCAUCAUCCAGCGAGCAUGGUGGAUGCCACCGGAAGAUUAGGACUCUGUGAUACACAAUCAAAGAUGUAAAAAAAAAAGGAAAAAAAAGAAGAAAACUAUUACAGUAUGUCGCCAUGGAAGCAAGUGGAUAUUUUUUAUUUCCUUUUUAAAAAAAAAAAAAAUCAUUCUUGAAGACUGAAGGAUGCGAGAAGUCAUCAGGCAACAUUUUGUGUCUUUUUGUUGUUGAUUUUGCACUAUUUUUUUGGAGGUUUGCAACACUGGAGCAUUCUUAUAUGCAGGAAAAGAUUAUGCAUUUUUAUUUUCUUAUUUUUUUUUGCUUAACUGUCUGUAAGUUUCGGCACUUACACACGUGCACUACUGCUAGAUGUUUAUUAAUUUAAGUCGAUUAAGUCUUUGGCAGGAGAGGAUCUAACAGCCAUCGGAACACCGUUCUACACUGGCGCCAUAAAAAAAUUAAAAUAAAUACAAAUCUGAAAGAAAAAAAAAGCAGGUCAAUGCCUUAAACAUGAAAUAAAAUCUAAAAAAGCAUAGUCAUAUUUAAGGCUUUUUUGUUUGUUUUGUUUUUUAACUGAAUGUAUUUAAAUUUGCCAAAGACUUAGUUUGUUUAUUUACAGGCCGCCUACCAUUGAGAGCAGUGUUAUUUUAUUAUUAUUAUUAUUAUUAUUAUUAUUAUUAUUAUUAUUAGGGACAACCCAAUUGGUUCAUAAGGAAGUCUAUGUAUAAAUUCUAUGCAGUGCAGACAGUCAUCAUUAUGCAUACUACGCCUAAAGGUACAGUAGGUAGAGUUUAUUUAAUGUUAUGUUCAUUUAGUAGGAGAAUGUGUGUGUGUGAGGGUGUGUGUGUGUGUGUCUGUGAGCAAAAACAUGUCCUCUUGUAAAUACAGUAACUGUUUCAUGUUCAUGGGUAUUAUCUAUUUCAUUAUGCUGAUCACACUUGUACAAUAAUAAAAAAAAAAAAAG